AUGUCUCGUGGAGACGAUAUUGAUACGUUGGAUCUCGACCGGGAAAGAGCCGCAUUGAUCUCGUCUUGUCAAAGAAUUGCCGUACCUUACUAUUACGGUUUUGUUGAAGAGCAGGCUAGAGUGUCCGGUGAACAUUGGAGCACGAUUAUUUUCAGGGAUGCGUCUAGAAAGGUGACAGCCUCUCCUAGCGUCUCAAACCAACGCGAAGAUCCCCCUGAAAGACGCGCCUGGCUGGACCAAGCUCAGGCCAUUAUGCAUAUGAAGAAUGUACAAUCCUUUCUCGAGAAAAUGAGAGGCAGCAGUGGCGAGCUGGGACUUGAAUGGAAGAACUCCAUCUCCGAAAGCACUUGGUGGAGGAUUCCCCGAGAAAAGAUCCUCCAAGAAAUUUUGGUUUCUUGUCCUUUUGCGACCCCCUAUAUAUGGAUUGAUCUGUUGUGCAUUCCGCAAGAUGUCGAAGACGCAAACCUCAAAUCUAUGGCGAUCCGUGAGAUUGGACGACAGACGAAGAUCUUCCAAAGCGCCAGAUUUGCCGUGGCAUGGCUGAAUGAUAUAGAUAGCUGGAACGGAUUAGAAAGAGCAAUCAGGCUGCUAGCGGUAUUCCGUCUAAAAUUGGAAGACCAGCUGGAAAUUUCCUCCUCAUUGUGGAAAUCAGUCAUGAAAGAUGAUUUUGUGUCUUUAGAACUCCUAUUGCCCGGGCCUCACGUUCAUGACGAUAGCAAUGCGUCGUUGAACGGCUGGCUGACAUCGUUAUGGACCUUGCAAGAAUUGUGCCUUCGGCCAGAUAUGCGGUUGUGCAACCAACACUGGGAGAUCCUCCCGGUUGGAAGCAUCAAUCGUCAUUGCGAUAUCGGUCUCGAUGACAUUGCAGCUCUAUCCUUAUAUGUCCUACAAGUCAUUCCAGACGAGGAGAGAAAUACUCAAUCUACGGAUGCCUCCCUCCGAAACCAGUGCGUGGUCUCACGAAUCUUCGAAGAGUUACGUUCUCUUGAAAGAAAGGGUCACUUGGUCACUCUGCUGAAUGCCCCACGCUCCUCGAUCUUACAAGCGUGCGCCGAUAGGUAUUGCGAGCGAAAUAGAGCCGAAGCCAUUAUGUCCGCUAUCGGUGUUACAGACUGGUAUACAGAAAGAACGCAGACGGGUGAGGAGACAUCCGUUGGGGGCUCCGCAAAUGAAUAUCCAUUAUCUUUCGUGAGAGAAGCCGCAAAGAAACUUGGUGCCACAUUCUUUUUCGCCAGUGGCAUCAUAUGGAACGUGAAGAGAUUGCUUUUGGAGUCGACUCCACUUCCCACCGGUGCAAGAAACGCCAUCUGCUCGAUGAUGCCCUUCAAGAUAGUCUUACAGCGCUUGACGAGUGGAUAG